CAGGUUAGGGUAAGGCGGGGCGAGUGGGCGUGUCCCCGCCGCGGCGGGGCCUGGCGGUGGCGGCGGUGGCAGCGGAGGGCACCGGCCCGGCCCGGCCUGCAGAGUCAGGAAUAAUGAAUGGCUCCGAGCUCGCCAGCACGACGGCCUCCAGUCCCAGCUCCAAAGAGGACCAAGUGGUGAAUGGCCAUGAUGAGAAGGAGAGCAACCCCUUUGCUGAGUACAUGUGGAUGGAGAAUGAAGAAGACUUCAACAGACAGGUGGAGGAGGAGCUGCAGGAGCAGGAGUUUCUGGACCGCUGCUUCCAGGAGAUGCUGGAAGAGGAGGACCAGGACUGGUUCAUUCCAUCCCGCGACCUGCCCCAGGGCGUGGGGCAGCUGCAGCAGCAGCUGAACGGCCUCUCGCUCACUGACGGCCACAGCUCAGAGGACAUCCUGAGCAAAAGCAACUUGAAUCCAGAUGCCAAGGAGUUUGUGCCUGGUGUGAAGUACUGAAGGCAAGGCAGGCUUUGGAAGGACUGUGCCCCUGCUGCAGGGAAGGUGGCAGGGGGAAGGAGAGGAGGGGGCAGCCCCCAGCUGGACUCUGUGCCCCCGUGGGGUUGCUGCGACGUGGCGAAGUCUUUGCUCUGUGCUUCAAGUACCUUUGGGGCUUCUUCCCUUCUUCUUUUCUUUCUUCUUUUCUAUGUUUGGUUGGGGUUUUUUAUCUCUUCCUUUAUAUCAUUUAGCACCUUUCUUGAGG